UGCAAUUUCAAAACUCCAAAAGGAUCAAUCUAGUACCAGUUUUCAACCCUAAUUUAAACGGAUCAGUUUUAAGUGCUUUUACCAUUUUAGACAAACCUCGUGAGCAUCAAACCAAACCAUAUAUGGUCUUCUCUGUUUCGCCGACUCUAUUUUCUUCAUUUUUUAAUUUUUUUUGGGGAAAAUUUUCGAAAAACUGUAAACGUUAUUUCCCGCCGAAUAUUAGUUGAAGGUGAAAAAUGUAUUGGUCCUCUAACUAUUACAGUGGCUUGCUCAAACUCUGCUGCGAAAGAAGAAAUCAAGGACUGGCAAAGAAACUCCAUUGCCAUAUACUCAGAACCUUGGCAUACCCAGAAACCUUUCUUUUCAAUAACCUCAUUGACACCUACGGUAAAUUAGGCAGCGUAAAGUAUGCACGCCGUACGUUCGAUCAAAUGCGUCAACCAAAUGUUUUCUCAUGGAACACCAUUCUAUCCGCUUAUUCCAAAUCGGGUUGCCUUUAUGAGAUGCAAGAGAUCUUUGAUCGAAUGCCCAGUCAUGAUGGAGUCACUUGGAAUGCGCUUAUUUCUGGGUAUGCGUCUUUUGGUUCAGUGGCCGACUCGGUGAAGGUUUAUAGGCUGAUGGUAAGAGAUGGACCUGUUAAUCUGAAUCGAAUUACGUUCUCUACUAUGGUCAUACUUUCUUCGAGUAAAGGGUGUCUUGAUUUGGGUCGGCAGGUGCAUGGGCAAAUAGUGAAAUUUGGGUUCGAGUUCUACUUGUUUGUUGGUAGUCCUUUGGUGGACAUGUAUUCCAAAGCAGGGUUGAUAUAUGAUGCAAAGAAGGUUUUUGAUGGGAUGGCAGAGAGAAAUGUGGUUAUGUUUAAUACAAUGCUGACUGGGCUUUUACGAUGUGGGUUGAUAGAAGAUUCUGAAUGUUUGUUUCGUAGAAUGCCAGAAAAAGAUUCAAUUUCUUGGACAACAAUGAUUACUGGACUUACCCAGAAUGGUUUGGAAAGAGAAGCGAUUAACAAGUUUCGAGACAUGAGAUUAGAAGACUUAGGUAUGGAUCAAUUUACAUUUGGUAGCGUAUUGACGGCAUGUGGAGGAAUCUUGGCCUUGGAAGAAGGCAAACAAAUUCAUGCUUACAUUAUUAGGACUUAUCCUAGGGAUAACAUAUAUGUUGGGAGUGCUCUUGUUGACAUGUAUUGCAAGUGUAAAAGCAUAAAAUCUGCUGAAACAGUUUUCAAGAGGAUGCCCCGGAAAAACGUUGUAUCUUGGACUGCAAUGCUAGUUGGUUAUGGCCAGAAUGGGCAUAGCGAAGAAGCUGUAAGAAUUUUUUGUGAAAUGCAGAGAGAAGGUGUUGAACCAGACGAUUUUACUCUGGGAAGUGUAAUUAGCUCAUGUGCGAACCUAGCAAGCUUAGAAGAGGGUGCCCAGUUUCAUGGUCAAGCUCUAGUUUCAGGCUUGAUUUCUUUCAUCACUGUUUCCAAUGCACUUGUUACAUUGUAUGGUAAAUGCGGAAGCAUUGAAGACUCCAAUAGGUUGUUCAAUGAGAUGAGCAUAAGGGAUGAAGUCUCCUGGACUGCAUUGGUUUCAGGGUAUGCCCAGUUUGGAAAAGCCAGUGAGACUAUUGCUUUGUUUGAAAAGAUGUUGGCCAAUGCUUUAAAGCCUGAUGGGGUUACUUUCAUUGGGGUUCUUUCAGCUUGCAGUAGAGCAGGACUAGUGGAGAAAGGACAUGAAUAUUUUGAGUCAAUGGUGAAAAAACAUGGAAUUACACCAACUUCUGAUCACUACACUUGCAUGAUUGAUCUUCUUGGGCGAGCUGGAAGGUUAGAAGAAGCAAAAGGCUUUAUAAACAAGAUGCCUUUUAAACCUGAUGCUAUUGGUUGGGCCACCUUGCUAAGCUCGUGUAGACUUCAUCAUAAUGUAGAAAUUGGAAAAUGGGCAGCUGAUUUUCUUCUGGAAAUAGAGCCCCAUAACCCUGCAAGCUAUAUCUUGCUCUCAAGCAUCUAUGCUGCUAAUGGGAAAUGGGAUGAUGUAGCCAAAUUAAGGAGAGGAAUGAGAGAUAAGGGGGUGAGAAAGGAGCCAGGAUGUAGUUGGAUCAAAUAUAAAAGCCGAGUGCACAUUUUCUCAGCAGAUGACCGGUCAAAUCCAUUUUCAGAUCAGAUAUAUGCUGAGCUGGAGAAACUAAAUUGCAAAAUGAUAGAUGAGGGUUAUGUGCCGGAUAUGGGUUCUGUUCUUCAUGAUGUUGAGGAAUCAGAGAAGAUGAAGAUGCUGAACCAUCAUAGUGAGAAGCUUGCAAUUGCCUUUGGGUUAAUUUUUAUUCCAGCUGGCCUUCCCAUAAGGGUAGUUAAAAACCUUAGGGUCUGUGGUGAUUGCCAUAAUGCCACUAAAUAUAUCUCUAAGAUCACAAAAAGAGAGAUACUUGUAAGAGACGCUGUCCGAUUCCAUUUAUUUAAAGAUGGAACAUGUUCAUGUGGGGAUUUUUGGUGAUUAUUUUCUAUUACUGUCAAAAUUCUUUUGGAGAUGAUUGUGAAACCACCUAUUUAUCAGGUGACUGACCAAAAAGAACUCUAUCGGUGUCAGGAAAUUCAUUUAAUGCAUCACUGUCGUUAUACAUGAACCAAAUUUUCAAGAAUAUCUUUGUAAGGUUUAAACAAUGAUGUGUUUAGAGAUCAAGGAUUGUAAAAAGAGAACUUUAGUUUCUUCCUCCUAUAACAGAAUCUUGUCAACUGAAGUACCAAGCUUUGGUGAAUAUAUUCAACUAUUCCAAGUGGUACAAGGGAAUCAUCUAUCAAAUGCUGUGUUUAUCUGCCUGUGCUUGCCAUCGACCCCUCUGAGAGUGCUUAAUGUAGGGAAAUUGUUGGAUUAUGUUGUAACAGACUACAAAUUAUUGAGGUGAGAAAAGAAUUGAUCAAUAUAAAAGUUAUACUUGAGAACAACCUCAGCAUAAAGGAGAAAAAUCGACAAGAUUUACCUGCAACUUUGUACAAAUCUCUAUGACUUCAGCUAGAGGUGCCCAAUCACCAAAAUUCCUCUCAAUAAACUGCAGUUCCCCACCACCAAGGGCUUUGAAGAAUCCCAUACCUCGAUCAAAUAUUACAGCACCACCCCAGUAUCGUGGCCAGAAGUCUUUUACCUGCACCAUUCAGCAAUAAGUCAGCCAUUUCUUUGAAUGAUUAAGGAGUUGAAACGAGUAUUCUGAAUACCUCUGAAUCUAUGUUCUCAUGAAGCACUGCUAUUAAUUGAACUCCCAGUGCAUCAAAUAUGGGUUUCUUGGCAUAUAGCUGGUUAUAGAAAUUUACCCAGGACGUCGAAUGCAAACGAGCACAGCCGGUUUUUCUCGCCAUAAUUCUGAAGCUUUCAUAGGAGAAUAUGGAGCAACUUUAUCAACUAUAGGAGGAGCCUUUAUGCAGCCACAUCUACUCUCGGCUGGUUCGGCAGCAACAAUCCCUUUGAAGGUCUGCUGGUUAACUUUGUUGAGGGGGGAGCAUUCGAUUUGGGUAAGGUGUCUGCACAUGCACUUGUUCUAUCCAUAAAACGGGCGAUAUGGCCUCUCUUCAUACCAAAUUGGGAGGACAGAUCUCCACUGCUUAAGCUGAGAAGCUCAGGCAGAGACUUCCCAGAGGAUUCAAACUUAUCUCCAUAUUGCAUCAGAGAACGUUCAUGCAGGUAAAUUUGAAGUUGCUGGAUUGCAGUUGCAUUUGACAAUUUGAGGUGUUAGUAGAAUUUGUUUGAGGCAUUGCCGGCUAAAACCUGCCCCUGUUGGAAAUCAUUAUUGUUGACAAUUGCCAUUCCCAGCUUGCCGAGGCAAAGUACUCUUACAGCAUAAAAGCAUAAUGGUAUAAACCUUCUUGUGGGUUUCUAAAUAUUGCAGCCUUUUUCUCUUCUGAAUUUAUAUUCUACUUAUUAUGAAAUAUUUUAGCGUGGAGGGAAUGACAAUACAAGUCAAUGAUAUUAUGGUUAUCAGAGAAGAAAGUAGGAUUGAAAUCUUGUGAACCUACUUGAAUUUGUCCCGUGCCUUCCUUGGGGUUCGAUUGUCAAACGAACUUAUGAAGGAAAAAAGGAUUAUUAGCACCUUCAUGACCGUCCUUAUUGAGACAGCUUUUUCAACAACGAUACUGAAUUACAAUUCUUUGAUUUAUUUAUUUAUUUAUUUUUUU